CAGUGUUUCUGAUUGGUUGAUGGCCGUUUCCGGUUGCUGAGCUCUUCAUUUAAAAAAUGUUCCGUUAAGAACUUAGUGGGUUCCAUCGCCAUUGUUAUACGGCGGUAAUCGCAAUGUUGCUAAACUCUAAAUAGCAAAGGUUUUGUCCAAGGAUUCCGUAAAUAACAACGAGCUCGGACAUGGCUCAGCGUGUGGUGGUACCGGAUGGAGGACACAAGAAGGCCACCAGGGUUCGGGUAGUGGUUCGCCUGCGACCCUUUAUGGGCAAACAAGAUGACAAAGACGAGGGACCGUGUGUGAGAGGCCUGGACUCGCAGAACCUGGAGAUCGUAAACUGGAGAAACGCCACGGAAUCAGUUAAAUACCACUUUGAUGCUUUUCAUGGUGAGCAAACGACUCAGCAAGAGGUUUUCCUCUCGUCAGUGAAGCCCAUUCUGCCACACAUACUGAAUGGACAAAAUGCCAGUGUCUUUGCCUAUGGACCAACGGGAGCUGGUAAGACUCACACCAUGUUGGGCAGUUCAGAGCAGCCAGGCGUGAUCCCCAGAGCUGUUCGGGAGGUCCUCAAUCUGGUCAAAGCUAAGGAUGAGGAUGAAGGCUGGGACUACAGCAUUGGCCUGUCUUAUUUGGAAAUUUACAAUGAGAAGGUGCUCGAUCUUUUGUCGCCAAGCUCCCAGGAUCUGCCGAUCAGAGAGGACAAGGACAAAAACAUCCUUAUCCCUGGCCUCACUCACACAAUCAUCUCCUCCUUCUCAGAUUUUGACAAACACUUUGUCCCCGCCACCCUUAAUCGUACUACAGCCUCUACCAAACUAAACCAGCGCUCCAGCCGCAGCCACGCUGUCCUCCUCAUCAAGGUUGUGCGAACUCAGCGUGCUCGGCCCCACAGACAACAGACAGGCAAGCUCUACUUGGUAGACCUGGCUGGGUCUGAGGACAACCGCCGCACCGGAAACCAGGGCAUCCGCCUGAAGGAGAGCGGUGCCAUCAACCUGUCUCUCUUCACUCUCAGCAAAGUGGUGGACUCUCUUAACUCUGGCACUGCAGUCCGUGUACCAUACAGAGACAGUAAACUGACACGACUGCUACAGGACUCUCUGGGCGGCUCAGCACACUCCGUCAUGAUUACCAAUAUUGCGCCCGAGUACAAAUACUAUUUCGAUACCUUUAGCGCCCUCAACUUUGCUGCGAAAUCGAAGCUUGUUGUAAAUAAGCCUUUCAUCCGUGAAACAGUGGCCAUGCCUGUGCUGCCAGUGAAGCGGGCCAGAGAAGACCACGAGGCACAGGGGUCUGGCACCGAGCCACAGAAGAAGAAGCAGAAAGAGGAGAGGAAAUCUGAACAAGACGGUUCCUCACCCUCUGCAAAUUUACCCAGUCCAUCAGAACCAUCAGUGAUGGACAGACUAAUAGCUCUGGAGAAGCUGAUGAUGAGCUGUCAAAACAAAGAUAGGCUCAGCAUGCUGAAAGAUGUGGCCCAGUCUCGCAAGGAGAUCCAGGAGCUCAAAGAGAAGCAGAAGGAGUUGGAGAGCAAGGCCAUGCUGUUAAGUCGCUUGGCUGGAGAAAAGUCCCGCGCCAAACAGGAGCCUGACUUCCAGAACAACACAGCUCCUCUGCACAGAAAACAGUCAACUGCGGCAAAACCCAAUAAGCAGCAGGCUGUGGUCCAACCCCUACAAGUGUCGCAGCUCCAGCCUCUUCAGCAGAUUGCAGUGCAAGUAAAGAAACAGUCCGUCUGUGUCAAGAAGAAAGAGAGGAAGCUUACAGAUGGGGUUGAGCCUCCAUAUGGUAAAGAAAACAUUACUGAGACUGAAUGGGAGUCCCACCUGGACACAUCGGUACUGGAGCAAUCCAGACAGAAAAUCCUGCAGGUUCUCAAUACCGGUUCCCUCAAAGAUCUGAAGGGUCUGCAGCAAAUCGGCGACAAGAAGGCAAAGCUCAUCCUGGGAUGGAGGGAAAUCCACGGUCACUUUGCAAAGUUGGAAGACCUGGUAAAAGUCGAAGGUAUGACAGAAAAGAGGUUUUCGUCCUUCGUGAAGGCAAACAUCCUGAGUGCCAUGGGAAAAUGAUUUUUUUUUUAAUCAGUCAUUUCUAAUGUAUAUAAUUUCUGUCUGAGAUAUUGUCAUUUAUGCUUUGUUUUUAUGAUAUUUUUGUAGUUACUGCUGUGCUCCAGCUGUUGGCGCACUACCGCUUUUAAUUAAAAUGCCUCGCAUAUCA